GUGAGGGAUGCUCGCGGUCGCGGCCGAGGAGGGGAUUGGGCGGCCUCACUUCCGCCAGCCUGGUGCGCGUCCCGCCGGGCUGCUCCGCGAGGAUGAGGAAGGUGGUUUUGGUCACCGGGGCUAGCAGUGGGAUCGGCCUUGCCCUUUGCCAACGCCUGCUGACAGUGGACGAGGAGCUGCACCUGUGUUUGGCGUGCAGGAACAUGGCCAAAGCCGAAGCCGUCCGCAGCAGCCUGCUGGCCUCUCACCGCAGCGCCCAGGUCAGCAUUGUGCAAGUGGACGUUGCCAGCCUACCGUCGGUGCUCCGGGCCGCGGAGGAGCUCAAACAAAGAUUUCAGAGGUUGGACUACAUAUAUCUAAACGCGGGCAUCAUGCCAAAUCCACAGCUCAAUGUCAGGGCACUUCUCUCCGGCCUCUUUUCAAGAAGAGUGAUUCAUAUGUUCUCCACAGCUGAAGGACUGCUCACCCAGCAGGACACGCUCACUGCCGACGGGCUUCAGGAGGUGUUUGCGACCAAUGUCUUCGGCCACUUUGUCCUGAUUCGGGAGCUGGAACCUCUGCUCUGUCACAGUGAUGGUCCAUCGCGGCUCAUCUGGACAUCCUCGCGCAAUGCAAGGAAAUCCAAUUUUAGCCUUGAGGACAUCCAGCACAGCAAAGGCCGGGAACCUUACAGCUCUUCCAAAUAUGCCACUGACCUCCUGAAUGUGGCCCUGAACAGGCGCUACAACCAGCAGGGUCUGUAUUCUAGUGUGGUGUGCCCAGGUACGGUGUUGACCAAUAUGACAUAUGGAAUUCUACCUCCCUUCAUAUGGACGCUGCUGAUACCAAUCAUAUGGCUGCUUCGCUUUUUUGCAAAUGCUUUCACUUUGACGCCGUACAAUGGAUCGGAAGCACUGGUCUGGCUUUUCCAACAAAGACCCGAGUCUCUCAGUCCUCUGACAAAAUACAUGAGCGCGACCACCGGCUUGGGAAACAAUUACAUCAUCCACCAGAAGAUGGACGUAAAUGAAGACACUGCUGAAAAACUUUACCAAAGCUUACUAGAACUGGAAAGGCAGAUGAAAGUCUCCGUUCCAAAGGCAGAUGGCCGGAGCUGACAGUGAAGAGCUGGGCACCGCUGGCCUUCUGUGCACUGCAGGGCGUGUGGCUUUCCACUGAGCUGGAUGGUGUGCAUUGAUAGCGAACGCUGAGCUAGGCUGCUUCUUCCUUACAGAAUAACGUCAACGACUGUGGGAAUGCGUGUGUGUGUCUGUGUGUGUGUGUCUGAGUGUGCGCGCAUGCGCGCUGUAGAAAGAGAUGGGUGUAGUGAAAGUCUCUUGGCUGUUCUCCAGAGUAAGAGCACAUCACGGUUACCAGCAUCACCUUACAGGGCAUCUGUUUGUGCUGUUCUGUCAGCCGGGUCCCAAGUUCGGUUCCGAGGGAACUGAGUGAUUGUGACAUGGCAUGCACUGCAUUUCCUCUUGGCCUACCUCUGCCCAAAGCCCUGCUCAUUCACUGAGUGGCAGUCCUAGCCUUGUACCUUCAUGAACAAGUUUUUUCUUAGGUCUUUGCUAAAUUUCUUCCUUUGUCUGAUGCUUCCAGCAGUCCUAAACUUACUAGGAUCCUGACAGUUUCAAUGCAAAUGUCCAUGUGGUUAAUCACUGGAAAAAAGUUAUAUACACAUAUGAGCCAAUUGAAUUAUUUUAAGGAUAUCUUUAUUGAUGUUGGAGUAGUUUUUGCGAACUCUGUGCCUGACCUGCAACAUUAUCUGGAAAUCUGUUCAUUGUUGAUAAACUAAUUAUCAUGAUUAUCUUUUAGUUGAUGUAACCUUGCAGCAAAAUAUUUACUCACACUGUUUGAAGAAAUUUUUGAAUUGAGUAACAAUGGUGUCUACUCAUGUAAGAUGCACCAUCAUAGAGGAUAGUUAAUGGGAGUUCAUUUACAUGUGUUACGAUAAUGAGCAAAC